AUUCACAGUAAUAUGAGAAGAAGAAGAAAUGUUUGGCGCUCGACGUUUUGUUAGCUUUGAUUGAUGUUUUAAAAAAUAAGUAAACUAGAUUUUAAUUAAAAAAGUAUAGAAAAGAGACACACAAUUUUCAAUGUUCUCGCCUAGUAAGCGGUUAGAGGUGCCCAAAGAGUAUGAGUUUCCUUUCAAUCCCUACGAUAUACAGCAACAGCUGAUGGACGCAGUAUACGAUACCUUGACACAAAAAAGGAUUGGUAUCUUUGAAAGUCCUACAGGAACUGGGAAGUCCUUAACGUUAACCUGUUCUGUACUUCGAUGGAUUGAAGAUCGUGAGCGUUUGGAACGCAAUGAAUUGGCGGAACGCAUUUCGAGUAUGGAACUAGAAGUUAAAAGUAUAAGUAAAAGUGUUGAAGUGGCACAGGACUGGAUUACUGUUAGUUAUGCAGCGACAGAGAAAAAGAAAGAGCUUGAUGAAUUGCACCGGGUACAAGAUUUAAUAAAGCUUCAUGACGAGCAGUUGAAAGAAAUUGCCGAGCGGCAAGUGGAAAUACACAAAGUGCGUCGAAAAAAUUUCACUAAGAAACUGGAAGUGAAAGUGGACACAAUCCUCGAUGAUAAGGUGUUGGGCACUUUAGAUUGGACGGAGAAGGCUGGAGAUACCUUAGUACAAGAACCGGAAAUGGAAAAAGAAGAGGAGAAAUUCCGUCCAAUACAGGUAUUUUUCUGCAGUCGCACACAUUCCCAGCUGGCACAGGUUGUAAGAGAAGUUAAACGCACACCUUAUGGCCAACGAAUACGCUGCGUCUCAUUAGCAUCGAGACAGCAGUUAUGCAUAAAUCCACAAGUACGGAAACUGACCAGUGUGAGCCUCAUGAAUGAACGCUGCCUAGAUAUGGCGCCUAAAAAUAAAGAUGCUGAAGGAAAGUCAGACUCCAAAUGCUGUGUAUUUCGCAAUGCAAAUUUGACGCAACAUCUUAGGGAAACAGCCCUGUUCAAUGUAAUGGACAUCGAAGAAUUGGUUGGCGAGGGUGAAACUUUGAAUGCUUGCCCCUAUUAUGCUGCCAGAGAAGCUGCCAAAUCAGCACAACUUGUGAUGCUUACAUAUCAAAUGCUUCUGCAUAGACGCACGCGUCUCCAGACGGGCAUUGAUUUACGGGGUGCUAUUGUUAUAGUAGACGAGGCCCACAAUCUGUUGGAUACUAUUGCGCAUCUACAUAGUUGCGAGCUAACUUUGCAACAACUAUUAUUGGUACAAGAGCAGAUUAGUGCAUAUAAAAUGCGUUAUUCAAAACGAUUCAGUAGCAGCAGCUUACUCAAUAUAAACCAAUUGAUAUUCGUAGUGAAACGGCUUGUGAAACUACUACAAAAAAAUGAUCACGAAACCGCCAAGCAACCCACAUCCAUUUCUAGAGUUCUUAGAACUUAUGAGCUCACUGCAGAGGGAGAGUUUUACAAUAUUGAUUUAUAUGUCUUGCUGCAAUUUUGCGAACAAUCCCGUUUAGCACAAAAAUUACAAGGUUUCGCCGAGAAAGCUGAUCAGCGUUCGAUUCCAAAAGUUGAUAGUAAUACAGCUGGUUCUGCUACGAAACGGCUUCUUAAGCAAAUCCAGACUUCGCAAAUAAAUAACUUAAAAACUCGGGUUGCUCCUGAGAGCACGGAUGAUGUAAAUGCGUUAAAAAUGCAGAAGAAUGCCGAUAGUAUACCGUCCAUCAGCGCUCCCUUCCGUUCGCUUUUGGCUUUUAUCGAGUCGCUAACUGAUAAUGCUGAGGAUGGGCGUGUCAUUUUACGCAUCGAUGCCACAGGUGACACCGCGAGUAGCCUAUAUAAGUAUAUUUUGCUGAAUCCUGGUGCCCACUUUGUGGAUGUUAUUCGGGAUGCGCGAGCCAUAAUUGUGGCUGGCGGUACAAUGCAGCCAACCAGAGAAUUGACCGAGCAAUUAUUUCGUGCCUGCCCAAAUCGUGUACGGGAGCACUUCUACAGCCAUGUCGUUCCACCCGACGCAGUAUUGCCACUCGUGGUUGCACAAGGGCCAACAGGUCGACGUCUUUGUUUUAAUUAUUCAGAACGAGGCACUGCAGACAUGCUCGCGGAAUUGGCAAUGAUUGUCCAGAACGUUUGCAGCGUCGUGCCAGCUGGGGUGGUCUGCUUUUUGCCAUCUUACGAAUAUCUGGAUCUGGUGUAUAACCACUUACAAAAUAGCGGUAUAUUGGCGCGUAUAUCUCUGAAGAAGCGGGUAUUCUCUGAGUCGCGUACAGGAGCCGCUGCAGGUCCAUCAGUAGAGAGACUUUUGAGUGAUUACAGCGCUGCCAUAGAAGCGAACGGCAGUGGUGGAGCACUACUUUUCAGCGUAGUGGGGGGAAAACUGAGCGAAGGACUCAACUUUGCAGACGAUUUAGGAAGAUGCAUCAUUGUUGUUGGCAUGCCUUAUCCCAAUCGACAAUCGGUUGAGUUGCAAGAGCGCAUGCGGUACUUGGAUGAAACGCUCGGCAUGGGUGCUGGCAAUGAAUAUUACGAAAAUUUGUGUCUGAAAGCUGUCAAUCAAUGCAUUGGGCGCUCUGUGCGGCACAUUAACGAUUAUGCUUGCGUGCUGCUCGUGGAUGAGCGCUAUUGCAAGGAAGGUAUACGAGCCAAGUUGCCAGAGUGGAUAACGCGUAGUUUGCAAAUUCCCAAAACAUUUGGCGCCGUGCAGGUGGCCACUGCUAGAUUUUUUAAAUGCAUUAAAACAAGAAAAUGAUUUACGUAUGACGUUCAGUAUUUUGCAAAGUAUUUAUAACAACAAAUUUGUUUUUGUUUGUCGGUAUUUGUUUACAAUUUAUGUAAUGUAAUGUAUUUUAUAAGAGUAUUUUAGUUGUAAAGUUUCGAAUUUUUGUUGCGCUUAUAUUUAAUAUGUAUUUAGUUGCAGUUUAUUUAUAACUAUGAGAAUUUCAUUUGAUAAGUUUUUUCGAAUUUAUUUUGUAUGCAAUUUUUAGAUAAACCAUUGAAAUCUCAGCACCAUAGGAAAAAUCUGCGAAAAUACAAUACUCGUGAAUAUUGUUUUGUAAAAUCUUAGUUUUCUGCGUGCGUACUGUUUAUUUAAAUUCUAAUUAUUUUAUUUAUACAAAUUAUAAGAAAUGUGCAUCUU